GGGAGGGCGGUGUGUGGUCGGCCGCCGCUCGGCAGCGCUCAGCACCUGAGUGACUGACUUCUGCCUACCACCCCUGGGAGGUCCAGGGAACCACGUAAUGAUGGCUUUGCAUCUGUCCACCGCACCCCACGUGACCAUCCAUUCUUGGAAGGCCCAGGUGACCUUCGAGGAUGUGGCUGUACUUCUCUCCCAGGAGGAGUGGGGAUGUCUGGGCCCUGCUCAGAGGGGCCUCUACAGGGAUGUGAUGCUGGAAACCUACAGGAACCUGGUCUCCCUGGGAGCUGGACCUGCAGGUCCCAAGCCUGGGGUGAUCACACAGUUGGAGCAAGGGGAUGAGCCAUGGGUCCUGAACACGCAGGGUGCCAAGGGGACAGAGCAGCUGGGAGUCGAUGGCUCAGUUUAUGGGACCAGGACUGAGUAUAAGGAGUUGACCUCAGGGGAGAUGCUUGAUGGGGCAGAACUGGACCAACUCAGGGGAGCUGUUGCCCAGGGACCUGAGCCAAUACAAGCCUGUACCCAUGUUGAGGAGCCAGAGGAGAUCCAGGACAAGAGAGUUCCCAGGCCAGUCACAAUGACCAACAGGAAGAGCAGCCAGGAGUAUGGUGGAAGAAUCAGCUUGGGAUUAAGUCCUGUCCCUGAUCACAGACCUCACAAAUGCGAUAUAUGUGAACAAAGUUUUGAACAGAGAUCAUAUCUCAAUAACCAUAAGCGUGUACACAGGUCAGAAAAAACAAAUAUAGUUCAUGAUUCUGGGAAAAUCUUCAGUGCACAUUUAGUAGCUAAAGAAGAUCAGAAAAUUCCUAUUGGGAAAAAACUGCAUUAUUGUGGUUACUGUAGGAAAGCCUUCAGGUACAGUGCUAACCUUAUCAAGCACCAGCGGCUUCACAGUGAAGAGAAGCCCUACAAGUGUGACGAGUGUGAGAAAUCCUUCAGUCAGAGCUGUGAGUUCAUCAAUCACCAAAGGAUGCACUCAGGGGAGAUCCCCUACCGGUGUGACGAGUGCGGAAAGACGUUCAACCGGAGACCCAACCUCAUGAAACAUCAGAGAAUUCACACUGGGGAGAAGCCCUACAAGUGCACUGAGUGUGGGAAGCACUUCAGUGCCUACUCUUCCCUUAUUUAUCACCAGCGAAUCCACACUGGAGAGAAACCCUACAAGUGCAGUGACUGUGGGAAAGCCUUCAGUGACAGCUCAAUCCUUAUCCGCCAUCGUCGGACCCACACUGGAGAGAAGCCAUUUGAGUGUAAGGAAUGUGGCAAAGGCUUUACCCAAAGUUCUAACCUUAUCCAACACCAGAGAAUUCACACUGGAGAGAAACCCUAUAAAUGUAAUGAAUGUGAGAAAGCCUUCAUCCAAAAAACCAAACUUGUUGAACAUCAGAGAAGCCACACGGGAGAGAAGCCCUAUGAAUGCAAUGACUGUGGCAAAGUGUUCAGCCAGAGUACACACCUCAUCCAGCACCAGAGGAUCCACACGGGGGAGAAGCCCUACCAGUGCAGCGAGUGCAGGAAGGCCUUCCACAACAGCUCCAGACUCAUCCAUCACCAGAGGUCGCACCACGGAGAGAAGCCGUACCAGUGCAGCGAUUGCAAGAAGGCCUUCAGCCAGGGCACUUACCUCACCCAGCACCAGCGGAUUCACACUGGGGAGAAGCCCUACAAGUGCAGCGAGUGUGGGAAGGCAUUCCGGCACAGCUCCAACGUGUUCCAGCAUCAGAGGAUCCACCUCCGGGAAGACUUCUCCACAUGAUGCUGGAGGCCUAUGAGUUCUACCAUGCACUUCCCACAACCUACCCACCCCGUUAUUUAUUGGCCACACAGUGUUGUCACAGGUGAAAGAUAUUUCUGUCUAAUUAAAAAAAAACAACUCUUAAACCAAAAGCAGUGCACACUUAUUUUGGAGAAACUGAGAAAGGCAAGCAAAGGGGGAGAGGUUUCUGUAAUCUCUCCUUCUUAGAAAAAGAACUGAUUUAGUGUGUUUCUUCUCAGACACACUGAAGAUCACUUUGAGAGGUGUAAAAAAAAUU